AUGUCGUUCGUGCAGGAGAACCACAGUGUUAAAGUCAAACAGCGGUUUCUGUGGAGUGAUUCCGCAACAGUGCUGGCCUGGUUACGAGCCGAUCAUCGUCGGUACAAGCAGUACGUUGCCUGCCGAGUAGGAGAGCUUCUUUCUACAACGGAUGUAGCUGAAUGGCGGUGGGUUCCCAGCAAAUCGAAUCCAGCGGACGCUGCCACGAAGUGGGGAAAGAACUCAUGCCCGAAAGAAUGCGACGAAUGGUUUAAGGGACCUAAGUUUUUGCGGCUGUCCGAAGACAAUUGGCCGGAGCAAGUGAAAACAUCAACGGCUCCUGAAGAAGAACUACGGCCCUGCUUGGUGAUCCAAGGAGCGACUAUUCCGGAGUGUGUGGUGGAUUUCGCCCGGUUCUCAAGGUGGAGACGACUUCUUGGAGCAGUAGCAUAUGUACACCGUUUCAUAGACAACUGUCAGCGGAGGCGAAGAAAUGAGAAGCCGGAACUACUGCAUCUGAGUCAGGACGAGCUGAGAAAAGCGAAGAGCACGAUAAUACGGAUGGUACAGUGGCAGGAGUUUCCCGCAGAAAUGGCCUCGCUUACGAGAGGACAAACGGAGUUGCCUAAGACAAGCCGUUUGUAUCAAACAACGCCGACAAUGGAUGAACACGGAGUGCUGCGCGUUGAUGGACGAAUUGGAGCCGCACCACAUGCCGCAUUCGAUGCCAGGUUCCCGGCGAUUCUCCCAAGAAAACACCAUGUAACGAAGCUUGUGGUCCACGACUUUCAUCGAGCCUGCCGGCAUGGGAACUCGGAGACGGUAGUGAAUGAAGUUCGGCAGUACUACAACAUUUCACGGUUAAGGACGGUGGUGAAGCAAGUUGCGGCUGCAUGCCAGUGGUGUAAAGUCGCGAAAGCGAACCCGAAGGUUCCUCGAAUGGCACCGCUGCCUGUGGCUCGAUUGUCAUCGUUCUGUCGGCCGUUUACCUACACCGGCAUAGACUUCUUUGGGCCGUUCUUGGUGAAAGUGGGAAGGAGCGCUGCCAAACGUUGGAUCUGCCUAUCCACGUGUCUCACCACACGUGCCGUCCAUGUUGAGGUUGCCCAUAGCCUGUCUACACCGUCGUGCGUCAAGUGUAUUCGCCGUUUCGUUUGUCGGCGAGGAGCGCCAGCGGAAAUCUAUACCGACAAUGGUACCAACUUCCAAGGUGCCAAACGUUUGCUGCAGGAAGAAAUCGAAAACGAAUUGGCAGCGACGUUCACAAAUGAAGAUACAAAGUGGAAUUUCAUCCCGCCAGGAGCACCUCACAUGGGUGGCGCGUGGGAAAGGAUGGUGCGGUCAGUUAAGUCGGCAAUGGAAGCUGCUUACAAGAACGAUCGAAAACGCUGCCGAUGGUGA